UCUAAUCUAUGUAUAAAGUGUCUACAGAACAACGUGCUAUUACCGUGUGAGUUCAUGCGUGUUCCACGUGAUUAUAGCAUGACGUUUAGUCGUGUUUUGGAAUUGUAAGUCUAAUGCUGACGUUUCAUUGGCUAGCCGUUCUGUAAAUGAGAUUGAAGUGUUUACAUAUCCAAGUACAGGUGGUGCAAGUAAGAGGUCAAAGGAGACUCGGAUUGAAGAUACUCACAGUUGAUUGCAUUUGAGUCUACCUGAACCUAUACUACGACCCCCUAUACUACCUGUUUCCGAAAUCGCAUGAGCCAGAAGCAUGCUGUAAUGUUUUGCACGGACCGGCCUAUUUACGUUCCCGGUACAAUGCCGCAUAUAUAAACGUUUGCUUCUUUGACAGAGCUCAGUGUGACAAUGGACUGUGGUACUACAACAGUCAAUUUUUGUGCAUCUGAUACAACACUGAAAAUUUAAUUCUGGAUUUCAAGUUUAGUGUGUGUAUAGGGACUUGUCCUGGUGGUAAUCAGUGACAUUGCUGUACAUAUUUUGUUUUGAAUAUAUUUUACAAACCAAAAUGUUGAUUGAAGGAGUUUUAGAUGAGGCUAUUUCAGAUGAGGCUUCUGUAGGCACAGAUUCUGGGCACUCUGAAGCCAUUGGUAAUACAACUCAUUUCAGAAAAUCCAAUGGCAGUAAUGUAAAUCAGAAAUUAAGUAAUGAAAAGACUGAACUGAUCUUUUCAAAAAAGGACAAGCAUUCUGAAUCAGAAAAUGACACUGAGGAAACUGAGUGUUGUAGUAAAUGUCAGUUAAAUCAAAGAAAGACUAGGCCAAGAAAACAUUCUAGUGAUUCUGCGUAUUCAGAUGUCAGCACAUGUAGUGAACAGAGUGGUAAAGAUGAACUAACUGGUAAAGGAACUUUAUAUUCACCAUCUAAGUUGAGGCGGUUUAUGCCAAUAUGGUUAUCGGAAAUACUUGACGAACCUGAAUAUACUAUGGAAUCUAAAGAUAAAACGGAGAAAGAUCAAAUCCACAGACAUGCUGACUCUCUAUUUAGUACGGCCAGUGGCUUCACCAACUAUCGGGGUCUACUUAACCUAUGUAUUCUACUGCUGGUUUUGGCAAACACAAGACUCUUCUUGGAAAACAUUUUAAAAUACGGGAUCCUGAUCGACCCUCUAAAAGUCAUACAGUUGUUUCUGUCUCAGCCCUACAGCUGGCCCAACAUCUGCCUUGUCCUAGGUGCUGGGAUCUUCACAUUGGUGGCCUUCUACACAGAAUCCUUGCUGGCCAAGGGGUAUGUGUCUGAGAAGUUUGGUUUCCUUGUAAAUGCCAUCAAUCUAAGUCUGCUACUGAUCAUCCCAGCUGGUGUGAUACUUUACCUACAUCCAUUCCCAGCAUUUUCCUGCAUGACUUGUGGGAUAUAUACUGUGUCGUUCCUCAAACUUGUGUCCUACGCCAGUGUUAAUAAAUGGUGUCGCCAGAAAAAGGGGGAGACAAAGAAAAUGAGACGUAGCAGGUCUAUUUCAGAAAGUCCAAAGAAUGGUGUCAAUGGACAGGUAGCUACAAUCAUCAUAUCCUACCCUGACAACCUCACACAGAGUGAUUUGUGGUACUUCAUGGUGGCCCCUACUUUGUGUUAUGAACUGAACUUUCCUCGUUCUCUGAGAAUCAGGAAACGCUUUCUCAUCAAAAGAAUAGUGGAAAUGCUAUUUUUGUCACAGUUGAUACUUGGCUUAAUCCAACAGUGGAUUGUGCCUACAGUACAGAACUCGAUGAGACCACUACAGGACUUGGAGCUGUCUCGGGUCCUAGAAAGACUACUUAAACUGGCGGUGCCUAACCAUCUGAUAUGGUUGAUAUUUUUCUACUGGGGCUUCCAUUCCUGUCUAAAUGUGUCUGCGGAGCUGUUGAAGUUUGGCGACCGUGAAUUCUACAAAGACUGGUGGAAUGCAGAGUCUGUGACCGAGUUCUGGCAGACAUGGAACGUUCCUGUACAUCGCUGGUGUGUCAGACACUUGUACAAGCCCCUGGUGAAGAGAGGGUAUUCUAAACAGCUAGCUUCCAUUUUGGUUUUUGCAAUGUCUGCUUUUUUUCAUGAGUACCUUGUUAGCGUUCCUCUGAGAAUGUUCAGGAUCUGGGCUUUCAUGGCCAUGUUGGGGCAGGUUCCCUUGGCACAGUUUGUAAAUAAAUACAUUCAUGGGAAGUAUGCCAACAUGGUGGUGUGGCUGUCGCUAAUCCUUGGUCAGCCUAUCGCCAUUUUCUGCUAUGUCCACGAUUACUACAUGAUAAACUUUGCCCCAGUGGCAAACCAGACAGUUACAGUGUAACUGGGCUAUAGAAAGAUUGAUGUCAAAAUACACAAAUAGUCAUUUUACUUUAUUAAUCCUUGUGUGUAUUGAAGCUGAUUCUGUUACUGUAUGAUGAAAGAACUGUUGUUUAGGAAAUGCCAGACAACCAAAGGCCUAGCUGUGUCGGAUGAAUGCUGAAUAUGUGAUGAUACACCUGUUUUUUACCGAUUGUGUGACAAUCUUUAUUAGUGUGUGUCUGAUGAAUUCCAUUUUCGAUACUCCAGGUGUUUUGUUCACUUUCACUCUCAGCACCCCUGGUGAAAUCGAAGGCAAAAUUUGACUUAUUUGAUUGGUGCCUGGAAAAGGUUCAAACCAAUCACUAAGCUGAUGCAUUUUGAAGAGUAGAUGAGUGUCAACUCUGUUUUAUCCACAAGAUGGUGGUGACUGAGCCUUUGAUUUUAUUAUGACGUAUUCCUGGGUUGCAAAGAGCGAAACUGAACGUUGACAUAUUCCAAGGUUGCAAAGAACGAAACUGAACUUAAUAACAUAUUCCAGGGUUGCAAAGAGCGAAAGUGAAUUUGAUGACAUAUUCAAGGUUUGCAAAGAGCGAAUCCAGGUUUACAAGGAGCGAAAAUGAACAUACGCCCUGGAGAAUCGAGGAUAGAUGAAAUCUUUAUGCAUGUUAUUAUGAUAAUUACAAUGGUACAACUGCUGUUUAUUGAUUGUGGAUGUGAGAAAACCAGAGGCAUAACUUAUUAAGCGUGUCUGACAAAUGCUGAUCUAAAGUUACUUACAUAGUUAUUCAACUGCUGAUCUCAGACUUCCGCGUUUAGUGUGUAAUCCCAUGCCAUAGAUCAUGACAUUAAAUCAUUUGUAGUCACUAAGAGUAAGUUGGUAAUAUUUCGCUAGAACACCAAAGUUACAUGUGACAAAAUCUUGUAGGUUUCUUUACAAGGAUAUGCUGGUAUCUAUCCAUUGUAAGUGUAUUUUAUGACAAUCAAAAGACAUUGGGAAACAUUCAGAGACCUCAAGUACCGAAAUAUUACUUAAAACUCCCCAGAUCCAUAUCACAGUAUUGGAGGUAUUAUUUUUAUGUUAAUUAAAAGUUGAAAACUCCUGUUUAUUAGGAAAUAUCAAUCUGAUUUAAAUACAUCUCUUCAAUACGCCUAUGCUUAGGCAUAUUGAAGAGUUGAUUUUAAUCAGAUUCUAAUAAAUAUAUGCACAAAAGUCACUGAUCAGAAAUUGGUUAGGCCUCUUUGUUUAGUUUUCUUUGGUUCAUGUCAUAAUUUAGAGACUAUUUUGUACGAUACUCAGGUUGGGGAACAAAUUUUCUUUUCUUUGUAUAAUUAAUGAUGUUCCUGUCUCUGCUUUUCUUUUCCAUAGAAAAUAUUAUAUUUUGCUGAUUUUUGUAUACCAUUUAGUAUUUAUCAUUGUACUCUGUAACAGUGUGUAUGUGAUUUGAUUCAAAUGUUUUAACUUUUCAAUAUAUAAUUACAUGUAUAAUACAAUUUAUAAAUAUAUAAUAUAUAUACAUUUAAUGUUAUGAAGCAUGUUGUAGUCAAGGAUACUGCCUCCUGGGGCCUGUUUGUUUAUGCAAACAAACUGGUUUGUAUUAUUUCAGGCAUAAAUCUUGACGGACCUGUAGAUAUUAAUACGGGUCUUGAAAGUCUUUUGUCAAGGCUCAUCAAAAAGCAAAAUAAAAUCACAAGGGCCAUCAUUAUUUCAUUAAGAAAUAACGCGGUCCAAACCUUUUGUGUCGUGAUAAACAAAAUCGGCUCGGGUAACUGAGAAUAAUUUACAUCAACAAACUGGAUGUAUGAUUACAAAGAAUGCAAUUUGUCUUACAUAAUUGUACUAGGUGUGGAGAUUACUGUUACUAAAUAUAGAAAUUUGUUUCCUUGUGAUAACUCCCGUAAUCACCUAGCUGAGUUUCCUCUGGCCCUGACACAUUGUCCUACACCAAACAUGGUGUCAGGGCCAGAAGAAACUUGUGCUAAUAAUCACCCAAUUUUCUGCGCAGGUGACGCAUCUACUUCCAUGGAAUUCUUGUUGUAUUGAUGUAGAACAAGGUUUGUACAGGAAUUUAACUGCUAAAUUCAAUGCCUUAUUAAAGGUUUUUUUUUCAAUAUUAUGUCUUCUGUAUCACUAUUGUUAAAUCGUUCCAACAGCAAUGGUAUAGUAUUUUUAGAGAUUUUUAUUCUUAGCUCUUUUUUCAAACUAAGGAUGAUACAUUUAAUAAGGACCUUUUUCAUCAAGUUGAGGUGUUUUUUUGAAGUCCAGCGCCCUUGUUUUUAAGGCAUUUAAAAGGUUUGUAUGAACAUCAUAAUAGAUUUGACCAGGUCAUUGUCUACCAUAAAACUAUAUACACAAAAACUGUAGUAUAAUUAUUUUGUUGUUAACUAUUACAUGUAUCUAUAAUUCUACUUAAAACUUGUGUAAAUAAUUGUUUUUAAACUCACUGUGAUAUGUCUUCACUGUCUUGUAAUAUACAAUUCAAAGCUCUGAACAGAUGGUGAUGAUCUUGUUUGCUAGACAAUAAGUAAAUCAAAUGAUAAUUCUUGUAAGCAAACUCAAAAUGUUGCCUGUCAUGUUGCCACUUUGAUUGGGGUUGAAGGUAAACACAGAGCUACUCUGUCAAUAGAUUUUACAUUCCGUUGGUAUAAACUGUUUGCCUCAUCAAUUUGUAUAGGCAUGAAAUGUUGUACGGUUGAUUAUACAGUGUAUAUGCAUCUCUGAAGGGUUUUGUAAACCCCCCAAAUUUUGUUGAAGUUUUGUCAUUUCAGCUUGAAUUGUACAUACUUUUAGAUAUAUUAGUUAAAUUUAUGUAUAUACACACAAAAAUUACUAGUAAAAGCUGAAAUAUUUUUGUACAAAGGUGCUAUUUUUAAUAAUAAUGCUGUUUGGUAGGUAACUCUACAAAAAUGGUGUGACAAAUAUUUUCACCAUGACCUAUAUAAUAAUUAGUACAGGCUUCUGUUGGCUGUGUGUUUUGGUGUAAUUUCAAUAAACAAUAUUGAAUUAAACAUUC